AAAUUCCAAAUGUUGUGUGUGAGAUAAAGAAGGUCGAAUAAAAACUGGUGUUUUUUAAAGGUUUUGCAAUAUUUUUUACAGCCUGCGAAAGUAUUUUGGAGUUAGUACAACUACUCUGUGAUUAUUAAAUAUAAGUAAUAGUUUAUAUCCACAAUGGAACAAAUAGUUGUUGAAAAAGAACCUGAGGGACUAAUCGAAGGUGAAAUUUCGAUCAAUUACGAUAAACCAAGCUCCUCUGCUGAACAAGAAAUUAAAGAGAAAUUGGAUGGGAAAGAAUCAGAAACGUUUACGAAUGAAGAGGACAAUUUUGAUGAAGCCGACAUAAGCGUAAUGAAAUUUGAAGCUGAAGAUGAAAUGUUUCUCGACCCAGGGACAGACAGUGAACUUUAUGAAGCAGGAAAAGAAAGUCGUAAGGAUAAGUCAUUUCAAUGCGACUUUUGUCCCAAGAAAUAUAAAAGAAGAUGUGGUUUGAACGCCCAUAUAAAGAAUAUUCAUAAUAGAGAGCCGCAGAAACAAUUGAAAUUCAAAAAGCAGACUGUAAAGCAAGAUCAUUUUAAGAAACAUUUAAAACUUAACAAAAGAAAGAAUCAUUUAAAAAAUCAUUUUAAAUGUAACUUUUGUCAUUAUACGGCUGCUGCAUUGAAGACUUUAAAUUCACACAUGUUGAACAAACAUGAACCACAAAAUAAAAUAAAUUUGACAGGUAAAAUGCAUGUGUGCCCCAAAUGUUCCUAUUCAACUGGUCACAAAUCAAAUUAUGAUGAUCAUACAAAAUUAUGUUUGAAAUUAGAAAAUGUGCAAUGGUAUAAAUGUCACAUCUGUCAUUUUAAAACUCUCUACAAAAGUAGUUUUAACUCUCAUAAAUACGCUCAUAAUAAAAAAAAAGGUUUAGGAAAGACAUCAUAUAUAUAUGUACCUUUAUCACAAAACUAGUUUUGUGACCUUUAUAUAAAUAAAAAUAUCACCUCUCACAUUGUUGCCAAACUAUGUAGGUACCUAAUGUUAAAACUGCAAUAUCAAGUCUUUGGAUUGUAUAAGUACAUACAAAACUUGUAAAGUUUUAUUGCGUUUUGUUUUUGAAAUUGUUAAUAAAUGUUUUCUUAUUCAGG